UGCAGCCGCUGACAACAAAGAGACGAAGAAGAAGACGCCAAUGGAGACGCACAAAUUCAGCGACGUUUUCGUCAUCGACAAGGAUGCAAAACUGGAGAGAACAACGACAGCGAUGGCCGCGUACCUCCCUCCAAAGAGUCCAGGAGUGAGGACCAAGGGCACCAGGAAGGAGCUUUUGGAGAAAAACAUUGCCCACCAGGUGAUAAGACUUGCCACUGACGUUAAAUCGAACGCGCCGACUCCAGAAACUCACUUCUGCUCCAUGACCCACAGAAGUUUCACCGUUGAGGGAUUUGAACCCGUCGCUCCCACUGCAACAUACGGUCACGAUUAUAAAACGGACGAGGCGGUGACGUUCUGGAGUGAGAACUACCCGCACACGCAGGGCGUGACUGCCGUCAGGAACCUGGAGGCUCCUUUCAGGAAGUCGGCAUGUUUCAGUAAACCUAUCAACGAACGUCUGGACGACGAUUCUCCGUCUGACCACUGACACACAGUCAGCUGAAGAUUUAAUGAAGUUUUUAUGUCAUGAUUAUCUUGAGCACAGUAAUCGGGAUAGAUGUAAUGACGUCAACUAGUGGUGUAAGAAAAUAUUUAUACGCAAAAUAUCGCAAUAUUUUGUAGCGUAAUACUGCAUCCAUACUUGAACUAACUAAAACACUGUAUCAGUAUUGAAAUACUCUUGAUAGUGAUUUUCUGACAUUGAUUUCAUGUUGUAAUUAAUCCUCCUUGGAUUAUUGCCUUGAAGGAAAACUAUUCUUUUUACGAGGAGUUUAGUUUUUACUUACUGUAUAUCGCCUUGAUGCUAAUGUCCAAUGUGGACAUGUCGCAAUAUAUUAUAUCAUCAUGUACUGUAUCGCAGGAUUCUUGCCUAAUGACAAUUGUCGUAAACUACACAAUAGAAGAAGAAUCAUUAGAAAUAUUUGAAAUGGUUCAGAAACACAGUGAUAUCGUUUUAUCGUACGUUAAAACAAUUCAUUUCACAACAAUCACAGAAAAGUGAAUACACGUUUUUAACAGGCUACAGUCAAAGAUUUUGUCAAAUAAAGUUCAUUAUAACUCACGUCAGCUGUUCCUUGUCGACGUCUGUGGUCAAUUUAACGUAACUGUUAAUGUUAGAGUUUAAAAACAGUAAAGUAGUAUUUAUGCUCCUUUUUUGUCUGUUUUACGUCCGUCUGUACCAAAAGUUAUCACGGAUAUUCCACGAUACGUCCUCUAGAGGGCAGUGCUGAGUCCCAAGGUUAUUGUUUAUAUGUUAAACCGUUGAAUGUAAGUCGUCUUAUUAUUGAGGAAUAUUAUUUUUUUGAUAACUCGCUUCACAGAACAGGUCCUGGAAUUGAGGUCCAGUUUUCUGACUGAUUGACUCUAUACUGCCUCCCACGAUAUCUGGUGGUAUUGCUCGGUUUCAGUUUCAGUUUUUUCAACCUAGUGACUGAGAGUGAGCCUCAGUGUCUCGAGCUGGUUCUCGCCAGCAGGGGGCGCUCAAAGCACA